AUGUCGACCGAUAGUUCAACCGCGGGCAUUGAGCACGCAUCCAUGUCUAGACAGGUAAACAGAAAGAUGGACAUUGCUCUCCUACCAUUUCUGUCACUACUCUAUCUCCUGAACGGACUAGAUCGAUCCAAUGUCGGCAAUGCGGAGACUCAAGGCUUUACGAGGGACAUCGGCGCGACUCCGGACGAUCUCAACCUCGCUGUCUCGCUAUUCUUUGUCACCUUUGUACUGCUGCAGCCGCCCUCAGCUGCAGUUGGGAGAUGGCUCGGGGCAAAGCAUUGGAUCACCAUCAUCAUGAUUGGAUGGGGAGUCUUCACUAUAGCACAUGCGUUUAUUCAUGGUCGGAGCGCACUGAUUGCGGUUCGGCUGAUGAUUGGUGCCUUUGAAGCAGGCUUCUAUCCUACAGCUGUCGCCUACCUUUCCAUCUUCUACUGUCGCUACGACCUAGCCGUCCGGAUUGGUCUGUUCUAUGGCCAAUACGCAGUGGCUGGUGCUUUCUCGGGCUCGAUUGCGUUUGGCAUCUUCCACCUCAAUGGCACAUCACUGCACAACUGGCAGUAUCUCUUCAUCAUUGAGGGGAGCAUAACUGUAUUCAUCGCAUUCAUUGCGUGGUUUUGGCUGCCCAAGGGACCGGCAUCAGCAUGGUUCCUUACGUCUGACGAGCAGGUAUUUGCUACUCAACGUAUCAUGCAAGACAAUGCGUUAUUUGUCACCCAUGAGCACGGCCGUGACGGCAUACCGAAGAAGCGGCUUACCAAGAGGGACAUUGUGGAAACAGCAAAGGACUGGAAGCUCUGGUUCUUAUUGAUGUUCAAUAUCUGUGCCAGUGUGCCCAGCCAAGCCUUCUCAGUCUUUCUGCCUAUUGUCCUCCAGGGGCUGGGAUACUCGUCAAUACAUGCAAACCUCAUGUCUGUACCCCCUUUCGUGUGUGGUGCUAUAGGUCUCUAUCUUUUCGCCCUUAGUUCUGACCACCGAAAGGAGCGAGGUUAUCACAUCAUCCUGGGCAUAUGCAUCGCCGUUGUUGGCCUUAGUGUCACUGCCGCCACACAUUCUCACACUGCAAAAUACAUAGGUUUAUGCAUUCUCCUCUUCGGCAGCUAUAUCUCGGCUCCGCUUACGGUAGCCUGGCUGAGCGGAAAUAAUCCUGAGCCGGGCAAACGCUCCCUCGUCCUCGGCGUCAACGGUUUCGGCAACCUCGCCGGCGUAAUUGGCGGUCAGCUCUACAAGAAGAAGUACUCGCCUGGAUAUCUGACACCGUUUUACGCUACCCUGGGUUUCGUCGUGGCGGCCCUUGCAGGCUAUACCGCUUACCGAUACAUACUUAAGACGAUCAAUGCGAAAAGGCUGAGGAUAGUAAACCAGAUGAGCGCAGAGGAGGUUGAAGCAGAGCGUCUGGAGGAAACCAGAUAUGCGGAUGCAAAGUUGACGUUUUUGUACGGACUGUAG